ACGCCGAACGGCUGCCCGGAAGGGUCCGUAGCAGCCCGGCGGGUUUGCCGCGCGCCUAGUGUUUCGCGGUUGCUGAGGUCUACACUGGGGGCCGCUGAAGCCCGAGCCAGGGAAGCGACCUUGCUCGGCGGCAGGACUUGGCCUGCCAGCCUCUGCCUCUGGCUGUCGGGCAGCGUGACCCUCUCCUCCGUGGGAAUCCAGGCCCGGGCGGGCGGAGAGGAGGAAUGGCGGCCCCGUCUAUGAAGGAAAGGCAGGCUUGCUGGGGAGCCCGCGACGCCUACUGGAAGUGCUUGGAUGAGCACACGGAAGAUGCCUCCCAGUGCCAGAAGCUAAGGAGCACCUUUGAGUCCAGUUGUCCCCAACAGUGGAUCAAAUAUUUUGAUAAAAGGAGAGAUUACUUAAAAUUCAAGGAAAAGUUUGAAGCAGGACAGUUCCAGCCUUCACAAUCAGCUACAAACUCCUAGGCUGUUUCUGAACUGUUCAAAAGGGUUGAAGACAUUUUCCAGACAUCCACAGAUGCUCUCUUGACUAUGGGACAACAGUAGUUUGCAUCAUGGCAAACACCGUAUGUUCCUAUAUGUAACAAUAGCUAAAAUCAUCAAGUACCAGAAGAUCCCAGUACUCAAACUGAAGAACUGAAAUAAAAUGGCAUGAAGUA